UGAGCAUAGGGUUACCAUAAAUGCUCAUAAGGAAAGGUUAUCCAUAUCUGCAUUUCACGUUCCAAAGUUUGAAGCCAUAGUUUCACCGAUUCCGGACAUCGUAGAAGGGAAGGUGCUAUACAAAACGUUGACAUGAUACCCUUGAUCCAUCCUGCAUUUGCAAUGAUCUUAUAUAGCAGUAGCCUUUGGCAUGAGCAAGUAGCACUGGUGAUAAACGAAGAUGGAGUCGCCAUUGACCGGCAGUGAGAGCAGAUGGUUGCAUGUAACAAAGUCGCCGAUUCCGGUGAGGAACGUGCAGGAUCUGGUGGCGUCCUCCGACGAGCUGACGGCUGAGACGAUGGAACGGUACAUCCGGCAGGACAUCGACCGUGAUGUAGUCCUCGCCGGGCACUCUGCUGAGAUCCCCGUGAUUGACCUUGCUAAGCUCCUGAAUCCUGAUUCUGUGGCAGCCGAGCUAGCCAAGCUGAGAUUCGCCUGUGAAGACUGGGGUUUCUUUCAGGUCAUAAAUCACGGGUUACCAAACGAGGUCAUCGCGGCUGCAAAGCAUGACAUUGAGGAUUUCUUUCGGCUUCCUCUUGACGCGAAGAAUGAUCAUGCGCAGCGCCCAGGAGAAAUCCAAGGCUAUGGCCAAGCUUUUGUGGUGUCUGAUGAUCAAAAGCUUGACUGGGCCGACAUGUUAAGCCUCUUCUCUCAGCCGCCUCAGCACCGUGAUAUGAGCUAUUGGCCAAAACAACCUCAUACUUUUAGGAAUUCCAUCGGAGAGUACUCUUCUGAGUUGCUGAAAUUUUCCCGCUAUAUCGAAACCUUCAUUGCAAAGACACUUAAUGUUGAUUAUGAGUUGAUGGGGGGUAAUUGUGCGGUUCAAACUCUAAGGAUGACCUACUACCCUCCUUGCAUGUCAAUGCCUAACAAGGUUUUAGGCUUCUCACCACAUUCUGAUGGAUCUUUCAUAACCAUCCUCUUAGAAGUUAAUUCAGUCCAAGGUCUACAAAUCAGAAAGCAUGAUGUUUGGGUUCCUGUGAAACCACAUCCUGAAGCAUUACUGGUGAACGUAGGCGACCUUCUAGAGAUUAUGACGAACGGAAAGUACAAGAGUGUUGAGCAUAGGGUUACCAUAAAUGCUCAUAAGGAAAGGUUAUCCAUGUCUGCAUUUCACCUUCCAAAGUUUGAAGCAAUCAUUUCACCAAUUCCGGACAUUAUAGAAGGGAAGGUGCUAUACAAAACAGUGAGAGUAGAAGAGUAUGCAAAAUUAUAUCUGUCAAACAAACUUGAUGGAAAGAAAGCUUUGGACUUUGCCAAGAUAUCCCCAACAUAAGAAACAUGCCUCUAUGUUGUUUGGGACAAUAAUGUUGUCUUGAGUGUGAAAGGGGCUGUACCUAUCACGUAGGGACAAAUCUGGGAGAAGUUUGUGUCGUGCGCGGAAUACUUCGUUAUAUUAUGGAUAGUUCUUGUUUUUAUAAAGAUGUUGGUUGUUACUUCACCUGAA